AUGGGUGUGCCCAUGGUGAAAAAAUGUUGCUUCUGCGCUACAUUACACACCGGGACAUUAAUAAUAGGAUAUUUAUCUGCAGUAUGGGCGAUCUUGGAACUCACUCUCUACUGUCUCCUGGUUACUCUUGCUCCUAUCGGAAAGAAUGGAACUGUGUCGGUACAUAAACUGGUGUUAUACAUCGCCUCUGCUGUUGUCAGCGGAACGAAUCUUAUAUCUUCGAUACUUCUAAUUGUAGCUGCUUACAAGAAAAUGGCGUCGCUGACUUUGCCGUGGACGAUAGUGACAGGGAUUGUCACAUCGGUACUCUUCCUCUUGUGCCUAACAGGAAUCAGCCUCGUGAUUCAGGAUACGGGUGAACUACUCGAAGUUGAAAUCAUUGUGAUCGUACUCCAUUUAGCUAAAGCGUGUAUCUCAGUGUACUGUAUCAUUGUAGUGCACAGCAGACACAAACAGAUUAUGUAUGAAGAAGAUACGGCCGCAUUUCAACAUUCGGGGAGACUUCGUUACGAUCCAGUUAAGAUUGAAGAUCAUGUUUUUUGA